AUGUAGUCCGGAAGCUGUUCUCCUGUCGGCGCUAGCUUGACGCUGGUGUCAUUACGGGAUACAAACAGAAGGUUAGCCGGGCUAGUAAUCUUUGAACCAGGAGAGAGGGAGAGGGGAUUGUGUGGAUUGUGAACCGCGGGUCGAUAUUGUUUGUGUUAUGAGAAGAGGACGCUGUCUGUCUGUCUGAGGACCGAGACUGAACACCAUGGCUGCAGCCCCUCCACUCAUACGGACAGACUCGGCUCGGGGAGACUUCUCCCCCCUCAAACACUUUGUCGUAGCCAAGAAGAAGAUCAGCGACGUGUUUGAGCAGCUACUCAACUACGUGAAAGAGACGUCAGAGUUUGUAGAAGAAACCUGUGGGAACAAAGCUCUGGAGAAGAUUGCGAGUGAGGAUCAAAAGUUGGAGAUUCAGGCGUAUGCUGACAAACUCGCCAUCAUUAGGGAGGUGCUGGCACGCAGACACAUGAAAGUAGCCUUUUUUGGCAGGACGAGUAAUGGUAAAAGUACAGUGGUCAACGCCAUGCUGAGGGACCGUGUGCUGCCCAGCGGGAUUGGCCACACCACUAAUUGCUUCCUGAGUGUGGAGGGCACUGACGAUGACAAGGCCUACCUCAAGACGGAGGGCUCUGAUGAGGAGAAGAGCAUUAAGACCGUAAACCAGCUGGCUCAUGCUCUUCACAUGGAUGAGAGUCUUGACGCCGGCUGUCUCGUCCGUGUGUUUUGGCCAAAGACCAAGUGUGCUCUGCUUCGAGACGACCUGGUGCUUGUAGACAGUCCAGGCACAGAUGUCACAUCAGAACUGGACAGCUGGAUUGACAAGUUUUGCCUGGACGCUGACGUCUUCGUGCUGGUGGCCAACUCCGAAUCCACACUCAUGAACACGGAAAAGCACUUUUUCCACAAAGUGAACGAACGUCUGUCAAAGCCAAACAUCUUCAUCCUCAACAACCGCUGGGACGCCUCGGCAAACGAACCAGAAUACAUGGAGGAUGUGAGGAAGCAGCACACAGACCGUUGUGUGAACUUCCUGGUAGAGGAGCUGAAGGUUGUGGACCGCGAUCAGGCACCUAACCGCAUUUUCUUUGUCUCCGCCAAAGAGGUGCUCAAUUCCCGCAUGCAGCGUGCACAGGGCAUGCCUGAAACAGGUGGAGCCCUGGCUGAAGGCUUCCAGGAGAGACUGAAGGAGUUUCAGAGCUUUGAGAGGAGGUUUGAGGAGUGUAUCUCGCAGUCAGCAGUGAAAACAAAGUUUGAGCAGCACACUAUCAGGGCCAAGCAGAUCACAGAAAAAGUCAAGAGCAUCAUGGACGCCAUCAACAUCGAGGCGGCAGAGAAAAGAGUGGCGGCACUGGAGGACAGAGAGUAUCAGAUGGACCGGCUGGAGUUUGUCAAGAAUCAGCUCAACUUGCUGAUUGAUGAAAUCAAGAAGAAGAUCAAGGCCAUCAGUGAGGAAGUGGCGACUAAGGUAUCAGGCGCCAUGGAAGAGGAGAUCUGCCGUCUCCAUGUAAUCGUUGACGAGUUCCACGCUGACUUCCACCCCUCACCACAUGUCCUCAAGAUCUACAAGUCUGAGCUGCUAGCUCAUGUGGAGGAGGGGAUGGGCAAGAAUCUGGCCUACCGCUGCUCCGACGCCGUCUACGCUUCUGUCCAGUCCUCUCAGGGAUACAUGAUAGAGAGCAUGCUCCCUCUGCUUCCCUCCGUGGUCCAGAGCCAAGUCAACAUGCUGGUGCCCAGCAGGAAGUUUGACCUGAGUUACGACCUAAACUGCGCCACACUUUGCAGCGACUUCCAGGAGAACAUUGAGUUUCAGUUCUCGUUGGGCUGGACAGCGUUAGUCCACCGCUACCUGGGAUCUGUCAACGCGCAGAGAGCACUCACACUGAUGGAUCAGAAAUUCCAGGCUUCUCGACCAGCGCUACCUCCGGCCUGUACGCCCUCCUCAGGACCCCCCUCCAAGAUAACGCCGCCCAACAAUGAGACGGCCCUCAUGACCCAGGAGGACCUGAUGGUAGCCAUGGCAAACAACGUGGCGUCCCUCACCUCCCGCACUUCAAUGAGCGUUAUCAUCGCUGGAGGAGUGGUGUAUAGAACAGUCGGCUGGAGGCUGAUUGCCCUGUCAGCCUCGCUGUACGGGUUGCUGUACCUGUACGAGAGACUCACCUGGACCACGAAAGCAAAGGAGCGAAGUUUGAAGCGGCAGUUUGUGGACUACGCAACCGAAAAGCUGCAGCUCAUCGUGAGCUUUACAAGUGCAAACUGUAGCCACCAGGUCCAACAGGAGAUGGCUACGACCUUUGCUCGGCUCUGUCAGCAGGUGGACCAGACGCAGAAAGAGCUGGAGGCUGAAAUCCGCCAACUGACAGCCAAGAUAGAUCAGCUGGAGACUGUCCAGAGUCACUCCAAGAGCCUGCGACAUAAAGCGACAGACCUGGAGAGACAGUUGGAGGCGUUCACAAACCAGUACCUGCAGCUUCAGCAGUGAUCUGCUCACCUUCAUCGCUCCCCCACAGUUUGGUUCUCGUUGAGCCAACCAUUCCUCAGCCAGAUGUCGCCUCACUGCGAUCCCCGCUCCUUUUCACCUAAGCUACACCACAGUUUCUGUGUGGACAGUAGCCGCUGAAAAGAUUUAUCGAUCUGGUCUAUCAACUGAAAAGAAAUCUAGAUAUUUUGAUAAUCGAUGAAAUGUUAGUCCUUUUAUCAUGCAAGAAUACCAAACUCCUGCAGCCUCUCAAAUGAGAAGAUUCAAUCCUUUUGUGUCAUUUGUAAAAAAUGUUAUUUUAUUUAUUUUUGUUUAAAAAAAAUAGUCAAUUUGAAGACGUUUUUGGUAAUUUAUUGGCUACUUGUCAUUAUUUUUUGACAAUUUGUAGACUAAUAAAAAAAAAAAUUAAAAAAUUCAAUUUGAUUAAUUGACAAUGAAGAAAAUCUGUAGUUUCACUCUGAAUGGACAGAGGAGCACAAAGGCCCAGACAGUAUUUUCCCCUCCUCCUCUCCCCCAUCAGCCAUCCAGGUGCUGGAGAAACUGCAGUGAAACUGUACAACAAAAACUGCCUGUAAGAAAAACAAAUGGACUCACGAUGUGCAAAGACGCUUCACGAGGUGGCGAUAUAAUCUCGGUCGGCGUGAAGGCUACCGGUCGGGUGCUAUAUUUUGACACUAACGUGCUUCUAACUGUGAAUAUGCCUUUUUUUUUUUUUUUCUUUUGGACUAACUUUUGUGGAGCAAAUGAAGUUUGUGUGUCUGUAAGACUGUACAUGUAUCUGACCAGCCACAUGAUCUGCUGUAUGUUAGCAACAAAAAAAUAAAUAUAUUUAAUAAUAAAAGAGAACAGAUUUGGUUGUCUGAAUUAUAAAAGUUAGUGUAAAUUUACUGAGACAAAUCAUUUGAGUAGGAAGGGAACGCAUGUCUUUUAGGUUCAUGUUCUAUUUUCUAAGAAUCCAAACUGUAUAGAUCAAAGGCUUCGGAGAUCCUCAUAUAUUUUAUAAUAUCCUGUUUUAUUUAUACCCAUCAGACUUGUAAUUACAAUUACACCAGUCUACACUUGUAAAAUUGUCUUUUUUUCUUGAAUGUGUCUCGAAAUACCUCCUGAUUUGCCCGACUGUAUUAAAUCUGCCACAAUCUGAAA